ACGAGAAAAAGUCUGGCCCAACCACCCGAGAAGAAGAGUCUGGCCCAACCACCCGAGAAGAAGAGUCUGGCCCAACCACCCGAGAAGAAGAGUCUGGCCCAACACCCGAGAAGAAGCGUCUGGCCCAGCCACCCGAGAAAGAAGCGUCUGGCCCAGCCACCCGAGAAGAAGCGUCUGGCCCACACCCGAGAAGAAGCGUCUGGCCCCAACACCAGAGGAGGAGGCAGUACAGGAAAGGAAAGCCACUAUCCUCCUUCCUCCAGAAGCUCCCUAGGAAAGCCCUGGCGUCUCCAGUGAGAGAAGCUCCUCUCACCGAUCUGGAGGAUGACUUCCUGAUCCUGGAGGACGAUGGUCCUUCCUGCUCUCCCUUCGCUGGAAGACUGACCCCAACAGGGCCACACCUCGACCGCAGCAGAAGGACCAAUCACACAGCAGUAACGACGCCUCAGCUGACACACUCACCAAGGCCAGCCAACAGAGAAGGAUACAGCCAAGCUGAGAUCAGAAGGGACAGCUGACGUGAAAACUAAAGAGAAGAAUGCUACUGGAGGCUCCUCCCUCAUACCUGUCCUCACCAAGUCUAUACCAGGAAGAAGAGGGACUCUAGUCCCCAGGGUGAUGGGCCUGUCGAGGCAGACCACAUAGAACAAGACCAGAAGAAGAAAGUCAACAACCCGUUAUCUGAACCAACGACAGCAGGUGACCUGGACCAGGAGGAGGGGCAAGCCUAAACCCAACCAAUCAAAAGCCCGCACCAAAACAGAAAAGAAGUUCCCAGAAUCUCUAAAUUCCAAGGUUACAAGGUGAACCCAAGACGAGCGAGGACGAGGCCGGCAGUCUGGAAGACGAUGAGACUGUCAGCUGGAGCUGGGCAGGAGCCCGUCGUCAUGGAGGAGGAGUGUGAAGCUGCUGCAGACCAGGAUGUUUCACCAGUUCUACAGUUGGCACCGUCAGGACAGAGACGAGUCAAGGUUCCAGCCAAUCGUAAAGCCAAGGAGGUUGGCCCCUCCCCUACAGGUGAGGCUGACUCCUCCCAGGCCGGCCAGCUAACCCAGUUAGCAGGGAAGAGGAAGAGGAUCAAGCGUGUCCUUGGUGGCUCAACAGCCCUGUCAAACAACAGGCACAGAGACAGACGACACACACACAGCCAACAAGUCCAAACAAUAAUAAGGAAACUAAACCAGCAAGAUAUUUCCCCUGUGGAGUCAGGCAGAGAAAGGGACAUCCAGACCCUUGUUUAAUCAGAACGCAAGAAGAAACCUGUCCAAUCAGACACAGAGAUAAACCCUGGUCCAAUCAGACUGCAGAGCAUAAAGCAAGAACCCAAGAGGGUCAGACCUAAGAAGCAGAGACGCCAGUAGAGAGGAGCCAGCGAGGCCUGAAGGUCAGAGAGAAGAGGGAGGAGGAUGAGGCCUCUACGGCAGAGCACGAGGGAGCAACAGGAGAUGGGGGGGCUCAGUCCCAUGCCCAGCCCUCUCAGACAGCAUACACUCACCCCAAGUGAAAAGGUGUUUGACUGGAUCUAUACCCGCUCUCCCAAGUGUAAACCCCAGAGUGACAUUACCCCCCACUCUGCUACCGUUACCCCCAGCAGGAGUGAUGCCUUCCCCACUACCGUUACCCCCAGCAGGCAGUGGCAUCAGGCCAGGGAGGCUCCAGAGAAACGCAGGAGGAGGAAAGCUCCAUGGAACUCGUGUGUCCCCAACAACCCCCCAGAGAACGCUGACAGCACCUCUUCAGUCCCUCAACAACCUCAGCCUUACCAUAAGAAACCUUCACCCCCUCAACCGCAGCCUAACCCAAAAACACGCAAGGUGGCGAGAAGUAAGUUCCUGGGACCGUCUCAGAAUGGCAACACAGCCUCCUCAACUCGACUUGGAGUUCAUACCCCCCUGAAGAGGAAGGACCUCUACACUCCCAAGACGGUCAAGCGCUCUCUGGCCACCUUUGGUGCCAUCUUCUCCUCGGGCAGAGGAGCGCUCCCGGGGGCCACGGUCAGAAGCAGCACGUGUCAGACUUCGGGGAGGAAAACGCUAUUCCCUAGAUCGCCUGAGGAGCAGUCAGCCCAGAGUCCCAGCAUCGGCUCUGGUCCAGCUAAUGACCCCUCCCAGGACCCAGCCAGUGACAGGAGCUCCAGCCCUGUGGAUCUGAGUGCCAGUACUGUCUGCAUAGAGCCUAUUGGACAGCUGGGGAAAAAGAAGACCAUAGGCCGAGACUUCUCCCAAAGCAACAACCGACUCUCAGACAACAC